AUGGGUGUGAACGGCCUCUGGACCGUCGUGCAGCCCUGCGCGCGCCCGACGAACCUCGCGACCCUCAACCGAAAGCGCCUCGCCGUUGAUGCCUCCAUCUGGAUAUACCAAUUCCUCAAGGCGGUGCGUGACAAGGAGGGCAAUGCCCUGCGCAACUCGCACGUUGUUGGCUUCUUCCGCCGCAUCUGUAAGCUGCUGUGGUUCGGCAUCAAGCCCGUCUUCGUCUUUGACGGCGGGGCUCCCGUGCUCAAGCGCCAGACGAUCCAGGGCCGUAAGCAGCGGCGCGAGGGUCGGAGGGAGGAUGCCGUCCGCACGGCUGGGAAGCUGCUGGCUGUGCAGAUGCAGCGGAUCGCCGAGGAGGAGGAGGACAGGAGGAAGCGCGAUGCGGAUCGAGGCAUCCAACGCGAGCGAGAGGAGCCGCAGGAGGCUAUACCUGAUAUGGAACAGAUUGUUUACGUUGACGAGGUCGGCAUGUCGCAGCAAGAGCGUCAAAAGACGAGAAAGUUUUUCAAGCAGGAUGCAUAUCACUUGCCCGAGAUGGAUGGUGAUAUUGCAUCCAUGGCCAAGGCGGAUGAUCCUAGAAUUAUGAGCAUUGAAGAGUUGGAAGAAUAUGCCCGACAGUUCCAUAACGGCGAAGACAUCAAUCUCUACGACUUUAGCAAGAUCGACUUUGAUGGCGAGUUCUUUCGAAGCUUACCGGCAGCUGAUAGAUACAACAUCUUGAAUGCGGCAAGACUCCGCAGUCGUUUGAGGAUGGGCUUGAGCAAGGAGCAGCUUGAUGAGAUGUUUCCGAAUCGCAUGGAUUUCUCAAGAUUUCAAAUCGAAAGAGUUCGGGAAAGGAACAAUUUGACACAGCGCCUCAUGAAAGAAGCCGGCAUGACUGGUCUUGAUCUUACUCUGAACGGUGGCGGGAGAAUCGCUGGUGAAAAAGACAGGGAGUACAUCCUAGUCAAGAAUGACGGCGCGGAAGGUGGCUGGGCCCUGGGAGUUGUGAGCAAAGAGAAAGAUCUCGGCGAAGCUCAUAAGCCUAUUGAUGUCGAUGCCUUGGACUUUCAAUUUCAGCCAAAAGAAAAGGCAGAGGCAUCUGAAGAGGAAGACGACUUUGAAGAUGUUCCAGUCGAGGGCCUGAACCGGCUGCCCAAGAUGCCUUCCAGCGCAGCCGCACAAGCAUCCUGGCAAGCAGCUAUCCAGAGGCAACAAUUACAUGGAAACCGAGGAAGCAGUGAAGUGAACGACUUAUUCGAAGAGGAGGAGGAGAGUCUUUUCGUCGAUGGUGAUUUGCCGGAAGCCCAUGUCAGAAAUGUUGCCAGGCAACGUGACGAUGAGGCAAUGCACCCAGAAGAAGAAGACGACAUCAACCGAGCCAUUGCCAUGUCACUGCAAAACCAGCACGGAGAAGCUGCUGAAAAGUCCGAGGAGGAUGAGCAGUUUGACGAUGUGGAGUUGGAGGCACCUGAAUGGAAGCAGAAGGCUGUGGAGGCACCGAAGCCGAUUGCCGCGAGGAGCGGUCGCAUGGUUGCCCAUAUUGUCAACAACAGGUCCAAUGCUGCGGUGCCAAGGAAGCGCGCCAACAGUGCCAGCAGCAGCGACGGAGAGAUGGACUUGCAGGCGGCUUUGAAAGCCUCUCGACAAAAGAAACGAGUACUGCCCAAACCUGCAGUGCCCAACGUCAAGAACCCAUUCGAUGGCCCACUACCAUUCCCUAAACUCGCAUGGGGCCCCUCUCUCUUCUCUAUGAAGGCUCAGUCAAAGAAGCCCGAGAAGGGAGCCCCAAAGGAGCCGGCGAAAAGUUUGCAAGAACCUGCACGCGAAGAUGGUGAUGCCCAAUUCGGUGGCGGUUUCUUGGCUGAUGGCGCUGAAGAGCAGCCCGCUGGCGAUGAAGAUGACGAAGGUGGCUUUGAAAGAGGGCCAGAAGAAGAUCGUCCCAAGCCUCUACCUCCCUGGAUGGUGGACAAUACGGAUAUCCGAGAGUCGAUUAAGCAACAGCGGCAAGUGGAGAGUGAAAUCAACACGGAAGAUAGAGAGGCCGCACAGGAGGAGGAGCGGAGGUUUGAGCGUCAACGGCAAAACCAGCUCAUCGAGAUUCAGUCCUCUGAUGACGAAGACGACGACGUUGAGAUUCUUGACGCGCCUCCACCUCCGAAGCAUGCUGCUUCCCAGGAAGAAAUAACUUUCCUAGAUGAACCCGACGCUGCCGAUGCCGCUACAAACGCAGAGCUCGAGCCUGAGAAGGAAGAAGAUGUCACGACUGCGCCGUCAGAAAAGGCAGAUGCACCGUCACGCAACUCAUCUCAGCCUCCUGAAGUCGAAUUUGAAGACGUUCAGCCUGAAGAAGUUGACGAAGACGUGGAGGUCACUGUCACGGCAGUCCCUGACUCCCCCGAACCAGAGAUGGAAGAUGUCGCCGAGCCACAACGUCCUGAUUCCCCUCCGGACUCAGUAAUGGAAGAUGUUACUAUCAACGCAGAAGAACCGAAACCCGUCGAAGAAGAAGAAGAGCACGAACUCACGUUUGAAGAACUCAUGGACGGGCCCACGCUCGACGACCCCAACACGGCCGGGGAUCCAGUGCAUGACGCCGAAGCGGCCGUCUUUGCCGAAAGCGACGAUGAGUUCAGUGACCCGGAAGAUGAGGAGCUCUUUGCCAACCUGGCGCAGGAAGCCGAAGAGCACGCCCGCUUCGCCAGCGAGCUAAACAACAAGUCGGAGCAAGAGAACAAGGAGGCAUACGAAAAGGAACUCAAGGCGCUGCGCACGCAGCAGAAGAAGGACCGCCGUGAUGCCGAUGAGGUCACGCAGGUCAUGGUCACCGAGUGCCAGGCUCUCCUUCGCCUCUUUGGUAUCCCCUACAUCACCGCACCGAUGGAGGCGGAAGCGCAGUGUGCGGAGUUGGUGCGUCUGGGCCUGGUGGACGGCAUCGUCACCGACGACUCGGAUUGCUUCCUCUUUGGUGGCACGCGCAUCUACAAGAACAUGUUCAACAGUAACAAGUUCGUCGAGUGCUACCUCGGUUCGGACCUCGAAAAGGAGCUCUCGCUCUCGCGGGACCAGCUCAUCGCCAUUGCCCAGCUUCUGGGCUCCGAUUACACCGAGGGCUUGCCCGGCGUCGGUCCCGUCACGGCCGUGGAGAUCCUCUCCGAGUUCCCCGGCAAAGACGGCCUCAUCCAGUUUAAGGAGUGGUGGGCGGACGUACAGCUGAAUAACCGACCCAAGGAGGCGGACGCGGGAUCGCCUUUCCGCCGCAAGUUCCGCAAGUCGCAGGGCACGAAGCUGUUCUUGCCGGCGGGGUUCCCCAAUCCGGCCGUCACGGACGCCUACGUCCGGCCAGAGGUCGACGACAGCCCGGAGCACUUCCAGUGGGGCGUUCCGGACCUCGAGGGUCUGCGGCAGUUUUUGAUGGCGACGAUUGGGUGGAGCAAGGAUCGCACCGACGAGGUGCUGGUGCCCGUGAUCCGGGACAUGAAUAAGCGCGACAUUGAGGGUACGCAGACGAAUAUCACGAGGUACUUUGAGGGUGCGGUCGGCGUUGGCGCGAGGGACGCGUUUGCGCCGAGGCAGAAGGGCACGACGAGCAAGAGGAUGGCCAAUGCUGUGAGUCGGUUGAGGGCUAAUGCCAAUGGGGAGCAGCCGGGUGAUGAGGAGCAGGAGGGCGGAGCUUCUGCUGCUAACAUGGCGGCGCCGACCAGAGCUACGGGGAAGAGGAAAGCUAGGGCUAGGACGGCGGCUGCUGAGGAUGAGGAUGAAUUUGUCGAUGGUGAGGUGGAGGAGGAGAAUGAGCAGGGUGGUCGAAGUGGUAGAGCCCGACGCGGAAAGAAGGCCAAGGCAUCUGCGUAG